AUGGAUAACAGUGAGAAAGAUGGAGAGGAUAUGCCUGGUUCGGAGUUUGACGAUGAUGUUGAGCAAGAUUACCAAGAAGAAGCUGCUACAAAAAUUCCUAAAAUGAAGGGACAAGUAAUUGAUAUAAGGAAGGGAAUAAAUAGUAAUGUACAAGAAUUUGACAAUGGUGAUAGGAGAAUUGGUCAACUAAUUGAUACAAAUCCUACUAAACAGAAUAAAUCAAAAGAAAAAGUUACCAAGGCUGAGUUGAUCAAAAAGAAUUUAGAUCAUUCUACUUCUGUCACGAGACACAGAGCCAAUGUAGCUAAGAGGAAGUUAUUUGCAAUUGACAAUGAUGAUGAGUAUGAGGAGCGUGACUUGAGAUUUGAUGCUGUUUUUGAAGCAAAUGAAGCACAAGAUGAUGCUGAAGCCGAUGACAUUGAAGACAUGGAUGUGAAUGACGUUUAUGAAGAACAAGAUAGUUCUGAAGAUGAUGAAGAUGAAGACAUGGAUGAUUUACCAAAUGAGAAUGAUUCAGAAAAUGAGGACAAUGAACUUGUUGACGAAGAGCUUGAAGUUCCAGAAUAUGGAUGA